AUGACGGACACGCGCUCAAGGUCACCAGGGUCAACCAUUGACGAUGGGAGAUUCUCAGAAAUGGACGACCAGAACGUGACGCAUCCUUCUUCGCCCGUUCGCGCAGAUCCAAGAACGUCCCUACAGCACGUCUUAGGGACUGAUUCGUCGCGGGAUACCCCUCCAUCCAAACCAAGCGCAGACUUGACAGAGGACGAAGAGGCCAGAACUCCCGGUCCCGCCAUCGCAGAUACCCCCACUACGAUCACAGCUGGCACCGGGCGCAAGAAGAAGGAUGCCGCGGCAGGAAAUACACAGCAAAACACUUCGAUAUACAGCGGUAAUAAGGUUAGGCACCUGAAGAAGGAUGAUGGAGAACCACUAUGGCGAAAGGAUAUACAGUACGAUUUUCUCAAGGCGGUGUUCGAGGAUGAUACGGCAUGCUUCACAAACAGCUACGAACCCGAUAACAUUGGCAAGCAGACAUUUGCAAAUUUAUAUAUAGACGCAAUGGCCAGGAGUAGUAAGACCAGCAAGAUUUUGAGAGAUAAGCUGUUGACCGAGCAUGAACCAGCCAAGAAUAUGGCAAUGGUUUGCCUCCUGGUCAACUUGGGUCGCAUGAACACUACUUUAAACUUCUUUCCCGAGAUGCGAGCACAACUUCGAACCUACCAUGCCAUUCCAUCUUUACAAGCACACCAAGACCCAAACUCCUACAAGCAGCUUCAAGAUGCUCCCAGACUCAAAUCAAUACUCAAAGGUGCUUCUGAAGAUAGACCAGAGCCCAACACGCUAGAAAAGAUCAAGGCCCGACAAGUCCCUCGGACAAAUCCCGUCAAUCUUAUAUUCGUUCUGUCACAGUUCGCGCCGAAAGUCACCGAACUUCAUUUCCCCCCAGGUCGAGACUUUUAUGACCUAAUCAUGCGGACAAACUUAUCUAGCGAAUCGAGAGCAAGGGCGUUCUUGUGGUUGAUGUGGUUUUAUCUCGAAUCCGAUUUUACCGAAGAAGGCGCCGACGAGAACGUGUUUGGUGCAGGCGUUGACUAUGAGGUCCAGGUUAGAAACCAGGGCGUCCCUAGAUUCGUACAGCUGAAGCCAGAGGAACAAGAGGCAGAGAACAUUGACAGCCCAGAGGAGCUCGAGUACGGCCACGCUAAGAUGCGAGAAAGAAAACGAAUCAUCGAAGCAGACCAAAUUGCGUUCCAACAAGAGCAUGGCCCACCAAAACGAGGCCCAAAGCCAAAACUACAUUUACCUCCAGAUGAUACUGGCUCUGCACUCAUGGGAAGAAUGCGACCAAAUAACGAAGAGUUUGGUGCUAGUCCCGGAGGAAUGAUGAGUCGGAUGCGGCCCAAAUAUGAGUCCGACCUCGACAGCACUCGCUCUACACCACCGCCUCGAGCCCUUGGUACUAACAUGCGCAUACAAAGCGUCCUUAAUACCGGCGGCAAGGGUCGAGGCUCCUUGAAGCACCAGGUUACCGAAGGAUCCUCGCCUGUAGCUCAACCACUCGAAAAUAUUCCAUCGAUGAGACGCUCACGCCCUUUGACCGCCCACCAACUAGCCGUGGAACGGAACCGCAAUCAGCGCGUUGAUUAUAUUCUGUCUCGCGGCUUAAGGAAGAAGCAUCACCAUUCCAGAAAAGGACGCAAGCAAGAAGGCGCCUUUGUCAGGGCUAUGAGACGUAUCAACAGUGUAAUCGACCCCCUCGAAGACAGCGAAGGCGAAGAACAUUUGCCAAGAAAUCCCGCUCCCUUCAGGGAGAGAGGCUUUGGUGGUCUCGUCCAGCUCGAUAGCGAAGAAGACGAUUUUGGCGAGGAGAUGUCAGCAUAUGCUGCCGCUUUCCGUCGCAUGGAAAGGAGACUCGCUCGCUGGGAUGACCAGAAAGAUCUGAACCUGGGCGUUAUGGGUACGAACCGCGUACCAUUCGCUACGAAUGGGCAUGUUCGAGAUGACGACGAGACUGAGGACGAGGCUCCCUUGGAAGCUUUCCAACCCCGUCGUAAUGGCAAUCUAAGUGAGGGUCUUGACGAUAUUGAUAAAGAGAUCUUGGGCUUAGGUAGUGAGGCGGACGAUGAUGAGGAUCUCAACGAUGAUGAUAAAAUGCUGCUUGGACUUGGGGGCGAGGAGACGGAGGAUGAUAUUAGUGACGGGGCUAUGGAUAUGGAUUAA